AUGGAAGAUAAGAGAGAAUUGUUGAAGCAGCCAUUGCAUGGUAUUUAUAUACCAAUCUUAUUAAUGCUUGGUGGUACUUUAAUUUUUGGUGUUGAGUAUUUACCGUACACUAUUUCCAUUAUAGUUGUUAUCUGCUCUUUCAAAUUUUAUGAAUCGUAUUCCAAGAGACUGUCGUUGGACACCCUUAAAUGGAAUGAAUUUGAGUUGAUUGACAAGACCGUUAUUUCAAGAAACUCAGCUAUUUACAGAUUCAAGUUAAACAACGAAGAUGAGGUAUUAAAUAUUCCACCAGGACAUAAUGUUGCAUGUUGUAUGGAAAUCGACGGAAAAGAUGAGAUUAGGUAUUAUUCACCUAUCUCCAAUCAGUUUGACACUGGGUUUUUUGAUAUUUUAGUCAAAUCAUAUCCUACGGGUAAGAUUUCCAAGAGAUUUGCCAUGCUUAGAGAAGGACAAACCGUGAAAUUUAGAGGACCAGUAGGGAGAUUAGAGUACAAGACCAAUAUGGCUAAAGAGAUUGGAUUAAUUGCUGGUGGUUCGGGUAUUACUCCGGUUUUGCAAGUUAUCACUGAGAUUAUCACCAAUCCUGAAGAUCACACUAAGAUUUCUUUGAUUUUUGCCAACGAAACUCAUAACGAUAUCUUGUUGAAGAGCGAAAUCGAUGAAAUUGCUAAGAAAUAUCCUAACUUUAAUGUUCAUUACACUUUGACCAAGGCCCCAACUGGGUGGGAAGGAAGUACUGGGUUUGUGACAAAGGAAAUGAUCCAAAAGCAUUUGCCUUCUCCAGAUGCCGAAAACAAGCUAUUCAUUUGUGGUCCUCCAGAAAUGAAGAGAUCUUUGAUUGACAUUUCAGCCGAGUUAGGUUGGGAAAAGGGUGUUAUGAAGUCGUCUACUGAGCACCAAGUUUUCUGUUUUUGA